AUGACAUACCGCGAACUUGGCAUGUUAUUCGGUUUCAGCCACGUCCGUGUCUUCCAAAUCGUGAAGGCCUGGAUUCAGUUCAAUGAGGAGUACCUUUGGGAUGAGUGGGUCCGUUGGCCUGACGAGGACGACAUGGAUAUGGCUGAUGAUAACUUCCGCUUCGACAGCGGGAUACCCGGGAUCGUUGGCGCAAUGGACGGGACGUACAUCCACACCCGUGGAUGGGGUCCGCAUGCCGAGGAGUUUAAGAAUCGCAAGGGAUUUUUCAGCGUCAUCCUGCAGUUGCUCGUCGACGCCAACGGCCUGGUGUUUAGCUUUCUUGCCGGGUGGCCCGGUUCGGUUAAUGAUGCAAAGGUUUUUAACAACUCCAAAGCAAAACAAAGGAUUGAGGCAGGCGGCAUUGGCAAUCGCGUCAUUGUAUGCGAUGCCGCUUAUGGCCUAAAAGACUACACCUACGUACGCUACAGAGCUACCCCCGGCCAACUCCUUCCCGACGCGCAAGCCGUUUGGAACAAGCAACAAUCAAGGGCACGCAUGAUUGUGGAGCAGGUUAAUGGCCGCCUCAAGACCAAGUGGCGGAUUCUUGACGGCCGCAUGGAGUGCCACCGGCGUCACGUCCCCGCCACCAUCGCCGCUGUGGUGACCCUGCACAACAUUGAGCUCAUCCUCGGCGCCCGCUACCGCAUGGAGUCGGCAUGGCCCCGCAACCGGUGGUGGCUCCGCGGUCCGGCAGCCAACCUUGAGCACACGGGACGGGAGGUAGCCGGCUUCACUCCCGUUCAUCGCCGGAAUCGCUUUUGCGCUUACCUUUACGCCUCGUGGCGUCUUGGUCAUCCUGAGCUGACUCGUCCGCUUCUCGGGUACGUUCGAACAUUUAAGUCAUUGUGGUUUGCACCACGCUAG